CAUCAUCAAACCUGAGCGGGAUCCAAACUCUGGAUAAAGGUACCACGAGUUAACUAGAUUGACGCACCCUAAUCGUCAGACGCAACAUUUAUCGCGUCCAAAUACCUUCCGCUCCCACUUUAUCUCAUCGCAUUGCUUUCUUGGCGCGCUACGUCUGCCCGAGUUCCGAGCAUGAGUAGCUUAAUGGCGAGCUUUCCUGCUCGAAUAUUUUCCAGUCGUCGCCACUUAGGCUUCGGAAGACAUUGUCCCCUUCAAAGAUGCAUUAAAAGAUGCGUCACCGUUCUACCCAGUACUAGGCACAGAGCUCCAAGAAUCGUGUGCAUGGCGGAACCUUAUUUGAUAACAAAGCUGGAAUCCGCUGAGAAGACGUGGAAAGAAUUAUCGGUCAAGCUUGCCGAUCCGGACAUUGUAUCCAAUCCAAGUGAAUACCAAAAAUUAGCACAAUCGAUAUCUGAACUUGAUGAGGUCGUUGCAACUUACAAGAGAUUUAAGGAAUGUGAGAAGCUGCUAGAAGAGACCAAAGCUUUAGCUAAGGAUGAUGGCAAUGAUGAGGAUAUGGCAGAAAUGAUAGGUUAUGAAAUUGAGAGUCUGUCCAGGCAAUUAGCAGAGCUUGAGGAGAAGCUUAAGAUGCUACUGCUUCCCAGUGAUCCUUUGGAUGCAAGAAACAUAAUGCUUGAAGUACGAGCAGGAACUGGUGGUGAUGAGGCUGGAAUAUGGGCUGGUGAUCUUGUCCGAAUGUAUCAAAAAUAUUGUGAGCAGAACUCAUGGAAGUAUUCUCUUGUCUCAACCUCUGAGGCUGAAAAGGGAGGAUUCAAAACAUAUGUAAUGGAAGUCAAAGGUAAACGUGUCUACAGUAAAUUAAAAUACGAGUCAGGUGUCCACCGAGUUCAACGUGUUCCUCAAACAGAAGCACAGGGCCGUGUACAUACAUCUACUGCAACAGUAGCUAUCAUGCCAGAGGCUGAUGAAGUAGAAGUGGUAAUUGACCCAAAAGAUGUUGAACUUACAACUGCACGUUCCGGGGGUGCUGGGGGACAAAAUGUUAAUAAGGUAGAGACAGCUGUAGAUCUUUUCCAUAAACCAACAGGAAUCCGAAUCUUUUGUACUGAAGAAAGAACUCAACUUCAGAACAAGAAUCGAGCUUUUCAGUUGCUCCGAGCGAAACUAUACGAGAUGAAGGUUAGGGAGCAGCAAGUGUCGAUAAGAAAUGAAAGGAAAUCCCAGGUUGGUACGGGUGCCCGUGCUGAAAAAAUUCGGACUUAUAAUUAUAAGGACAAUAGGGUAACUGACCACAGAUUGAAGGUCAACUUUGAGCUCACCUCUUUUCUUGGUGGUGAUAUAGAAAGUGCUGUUCAGUCUUGCUCUGCAAUGGAGCAAAAGGAACUCCUGGAAGAACUUGCUGAAUCAGUAGGUGCUACAGCUGGCUGAUCUGAUAUGUCCAUUUGGAAGGGAAACCUUCUUAAACCAGGUAGGCAGGAAAGUUCUGACAAAAGACUUGUCAUAGGUGGUAGAUUUGCUCUAUAGUUGUCCUCUUGAAUGACUCUCACCAUCUUAAGUUUGUAACAUCUUCAGUUGAUCGUUCAUGUGUAAAUAAGAUGCGCAUUUUACUUGUAACAAUAUAGAAUACAAGACCCCUCAUUCAUGUUGAUAAAUUGGUAUCUGUAUCGUUAUGUAAAGUGACGCUAUUAACUGGUGAACUUUGGGCGCUCUGCUUCGUGCGUUCCACUUGCAAUCUUGAAAGAGCUUGUUCCUCACAAA